AAGUGAAAGUUGAUGAUUGGCAAAAGAUAACUUAAAAAUGUUGUUACUUUUAAACAAUGUAAUAACGCAAUAGACUUUAAUACAAAUAAAAAAGAAAAGUUUUAAACAAGUUUUUAAGUUUAAACAUUAAAUUAAAUUUUGAGUUAGUAUUUAUUUUAUACAGGUACAGGUGUUUACUAACGGUUGUAAUAGGAUGUGAUAUCCACAUUACCUGGAUGCGCGCGCACAUUGUCGUACACCUAACCAACAAAGUAUGAAGGAUAUAAAACAUAUAAUAAAUCAAUAAUUGUAGUCGAAUUUACAUUGUAUAAUUUGCGCCAUCUUUGGUUGAGUAGCAGAACUAUUGGGGAAUUUUUUUAAUGGUACAUAAAUACAAUAGAUUGAAUGUUUCGACCGAAAGAUUUAUUUGUGAAUUUGAAAUGAAUGGGUCUGUCGUGUUUUUGGCCGUGUUUCUAACCGGUUUGUGUUAUUUUGUGGAUGGUGUACCAAUUUAUGAGUUUUUGGAAACUGAAGAUGGUGUUCCUUUAGUGUAUAUAAGAUCUAAAAGAAGUGAUGCCGUAGCUUUUAGUGGAGCAACCGCUUCCGGGUCUGGUGGAGGAAUUCCAUUUGAUGCAGCAAUUAUACCAAAACUUGCUAGAGGCGACUUUAGCAACCUUCACUUUGAUAUUGAACCACCAAAUAUUCCACCAGGGGCGCAAAUAUUUUCUCGUUUUGGCGAAGGUGAAGGUACCAGUAUCCAUGUUUCUAGAGGUGCUCAAGGACCAAAUGGUGCAUUUAGUGCGACAUCAGCAGCAGCUGAUGGAACAGGAAGAGUUAGUUAUUCAGCUAAAAGUGCACAGUAUUAAUUCUUUACUUAUUUGAGCUAAUUUGAACUGUAAAAAGGAUCAAAUAUUGAUAAUAAAAUUAGAUACUCAUGGUUUCUUAAAAUUGCGUUAUGAA